AUGGCGGCGACAGUGGAGGACCUCUACCGUAACUACGGCAUCCUCGCCGACGCGAAAGAGGAUCUAAGCAAACACAAGGAUGCGUAUCAGGUGAUUCUGGAUGGCGUUAAAGGAGGUCCAAAGGAGAAGCGACUGGCUGCGCAGUUCAUUCCCAAAUUUUUCAGCAGUUUUCCAGAGCUAGCCGAUGCAGCCAUCAACGCACAGCUUGAUCUGUGUGAGGAUGAGGAUGUAUCUAUCAGAAGGCAGGCUAUCAAAGAACUGCCCCGAUUCGCAUCAGGAGAGAACUUACCCAGAGUCGCAGACAUCCUCACACAGCUGCUGCAGACAGAUGAUUCUGCUGAGUUCAAUCAAGUCAUCACAGCUUUGAUCUCUAUAUUCAAAAUUGAUGCAAAAGGAACUUUGGGAGGCUUGUUCAGUCAGAUCCUGCAGGGAGAAGAUGUUGUUCGAGAAAGAGCGAUUAAGUUUCUCUCUACUAAGUUGAAAACCAUGCCAGAUGACACGAUGACAAAAGAGGUGGAGGAUUACAUCUUCAUAGAGACAAAAAAGGUCCUAGAGGAUGUGACGGGGGAGGAGUUUGUGCUCCUGAUGCGUAUCCUGUCCGGGCUGAAGAACAUGCAGACUGUGAGUGGGCGGCAACAGCUGGUGGAGCUGGUGGUGGAGCAGGCAUUUCUGGAGCAGGCGCUGAACCCUGCAGAUACAGACAGCGUCGACCGGCUCCUGCAGUGCACACGCCAGGCCUUACCACUCUUCUCUAAAAAUGUGCAUUCCACUCGCUUUGUGACCUACUUCUGUGAAUUUGUUCUGCCCAACCUCAGUCUGCUCACCAGCCCUGUAGCAGAACUGGACAUCCAGCUGGAGGUACUAAAGUUAUUAGCUGAGAUGAGUCCGUAUUGUGGCGACAUGGACAAACUGGAGGUCAAUCUCAACAUGCUGUUUGAGAAGCUACUGGAGUUCAUGCCCCUGCCUCCAGAGGAGGAGAACGGAGAGAAUGCUGCCAAUGAAGAGCCCAAGCUGCAGUUCAGCUACGUGGAGUGUCUGCUCUUCAGCUUCCAUCAGCUGGGCAAAAAACUACCAGACUUUCUUAUCGACAAAAUCAGCGCAGAGAAGCUGAAGGACUUCAAGAUCAGGUUACAGUACUUUGCACGGGGGCUCCAAGUAUAUAUUCGACAACUGCGAGUCGCUUUGCAAGGCAAGACUGGAGAUGCACUGAAGACAGAGGAGAAUAAAAUCAAAGUUGUGGCUUUGAAGAUCACCAACAACAUAAAUGUUUUAAUCAAGGAUUUGUUUCAUAACCCUCCAUCCUAUAAAAGCACAGUCACUCUGUCCUGGAAACCGGUGCAGAAGACCGAGGCGGCAGCAGCAGCAAUCGGCCAGAAGAGGCAGUCAGUAGAGGACAUUGGGGCAACAGCCACAACAAAGAAGCUUCCCACAAAUCUGCCCAGGAGGGACGCCCGACAGAUAUACAAUCCGCCCAGUGGGAAAUACAGCGCCAGCAUUGGGAACUUCUCUAACGAACAACGAGGAGGCUUCAGGGGCGGCAGAGGACGGGGCUUCGGAGGAAGAGGCAACCGAAGCCGAGGACGGAUUUAUUAAGAGGACUGCAUAUGCUUCUAUACCCAUGCAACUACAUUACCACAACACAUUAUCUUUGACAGAGUUUCUCCCGUCUGGUCCUUCCUGCAUCUUACGGCCCUCCAUCCAUCCUUUUUUUGCUCUAAAUUUUAUCUUAAUUUUAUUCUUGAGUGUGUUUUUGAAAAUCCGUUCUCAGCCUCCUGUCAUUGGUUACAAAUGUGUUGGUUGUUUUCUUUCUGGAUCAUCUUUGUGGAACAAAAAAACUGCCGAGGUGUGUUUUUCUUUUUCUUAAGUUUUUGUAUGGUGACAUGCAUCCUUUGUAUCUUUUCUUUUUUAACUUUUUAAUUUUUCAGAGCUUUUGUUGGAUCAAAAAUUACAGAUUUGUAAGAAGUGAAAAAUAAUAUCCUUCUGAAUUUUAUCAAACUUGUGUGGGUCAAAUCUUAUGCUGACUUUCUUAAUUCAGGACGUAUAUAUUUUAAUUUGUAUGACACCUCUUAUGCCCUAUGUUUGUUUGUUAACUUAAUUAGGGUUAAAAAAAAAUUUUUAAGUAAAAUAUACCACGGAAAUUGUCCUUUUAGAGUAGGAUUGCCUUGGCUUUUCAAACUGUUACAAAAAAUAAUGACCCAAUCAUUUUCAAAUAUUGCAUGCAUAGAUUUGAGUUCACUUUCAAUUUCAAACGUGCAUGAUUAGUUUGUAGGAAGUAUUCAAAUUUUUAAUUGGAGAAAAUCUGACAUUUAUGUAUUACAGCUGUUGGUUUUCAUUAGAAUCAAGAUUUUUCACUCGCAUUAAAUCUUUUUGCCUUUUUCAACAC